AUGUCAGACGAGACACAUCCUACUGCUGAAGCACAAGAACAAAGCCAACAAGUAUCACAACAAGAUGCCACUUUAGAACCUAGUGUAGAAGAAAAGACACAAGGCGACAUUGACAACAUUGAAGACAAUACCAAUAAUGAGAAACAAGACGACGAUGGAGCUCCCAAGACUGUCUUUGACGAUCCAAAGGAGUUCAACGUGAAGCACCCUCUUCAGAACACUUGGACUUUAUGGUUCGAUAAUCCAGGAAAGAAAGCCAAUGCUACUAAUUGGUCUGAAAACCUGAAAGAAAUCGUCAACGUUAACACGGUAGAAGACUUUUGGGGCGUUUACAACAAUAUUCCCAAAGUAAGCAUACUUGAAGUCAACUCAAACUACCACGUAUUCAAAAAAGGUGUUCGUCCAGAAUGGGAAGAUCCCUUUAACGCGAACGGUGGUAAAUUUAGUGUACAGUUGCCCAGAAAUAGAACUGGUGAAGCUAUCAACGAUUACUGGCUCAAUCUGAUGCUUGCCAUGUUCGGUGAACAGUUCCAAUAUGAAGAUGAAAUCUGUGGUGCUGUAGUUUCUGUUCGUAAGGUAUUCUACAGAAUUGCUCUCUGGACAAAGACCUCUCAAAGAAAUGAAAAGAUUGAGACUAUUGGGUAG